AUGCUCAACGAACCCCACGAUCAACAGGCGCAUCGACGACGGCCAUUUUCAACGUGGGUCAAGAAAUUGACAAACUUCAAGUCAUCCUCAGACGGCGAUCAUCCCAAACGACGCAUGAGAGUGAGGCGCGGGCGCAAGUUGAACAAUCCCUACCCCCAAUCCGGUCAUGUCAGCGAUACGCAUGGCAACGGCAAGGUCAACGGUAGCAGCCAUCGUCGUAGUGAUGCCAACCUUCAGAGCUCCUACUCUCUCACCACUGCUCGUACAGCAAGUGCCACCUCACUGGACCGACCCACACAUAGCUCGGUAGACGGCUUGGCUCCCGCAACAGCCGGGGCCAGAAGCAUGGCGGGCACUAUGUCAACAGAGAACGAAGCGUCGCAAUCUCUGGCUCCAAGCCAUGGCGGAGCCAGCUCCCUCGGGGGGACCAGUCGCACAGUUGGCGGAGGCUUGGACGGGCGAAGAGGCGGUGACAGCACCUUUUCCAGUCCAGCGCCGUCCGUUCGAUCCUUGACUACGACAUUGACGACAAUCCAAUCCCUCGGCCCAAAUGGACAUGCUCCGUACGCCCAAUCGUCUCAGAACCAUAGCGACAACACCAACAACACCAACACCAUCAUCAGCACCAUCAACACCAACGCCAACACGAAUACUCAGUCCAUCCAGUUCAGCCAGCCUUUCCCUACCGCUUCUCCAGCGUCUGCUAUACCACCUCACCUGGCUGCCUUUACUGCCCCAACGACGUACACUACAGCUACUGCAAACAACUUGCUGACAGACAACGCCUCUAUCCUGACACUGGCUUCCUCCAGCAAGCGUCGCCGCCGUCGCUCAAUGGACACGGACGCAUCUGUCCGCGCGCUGGCACCUUCUUCGCUCUGGGGCGGCAGCCGCGAAAGUCUCCCUCUCAGCGUUCUCAGUUCGAACAUUGAGCAGGGAGGGUAUCCAACGACUCCCGGAUUGGCCAGUAGCGGUUCACGUCUUGGAGCAGAAAGGAACAGCAUCUACUCGACAACGGGCAUCGCGCCAGCCCUCGCCAGCGAAAGGAACAGCACUCUUGCCAAGCAAGGCGAUGGAUCCAGCGUUAGGGGCGGGCCUAUGGCACAUGGAAGGCCAGACAGUAUCAGUGGGGGCAUCGGAGGUGUUGCGAACCCGUUGGCUAGUACGCGAGAGGUCAAGGAUGAGCAGGAAGCCGAAAGAGCUGCAGUUAACAAGGAAUAG